GGUGCCCAGGUCAUCGCCCCCGAGGAGAUCGUGGACCCCAACGUGGACGAGCACUCGGUCAUGACCUACCUGUCGCAGUUCCCCAAGGCCAAGCUCAAGCCGGGCGCCCCGCUGCGCUCCAAGCAGCUCAACCCGCGCAAGGCGCGCGCCUACGGGCCAGGUGCGCCCGGGGACAAGGGGGACAACAUCUACCGCUGCACCUACCGGCCCGUCCUCGAGGGGCCGCACACCGUCUACGUCACCUACGCCGGCGCCCAGGUCCCCAAGAGCCCCUUCACCGUCAACGUGGCGGAAGCGUGCAACCCGUCGGCGUGCCGGGCCACGGGCCGGGGGCUGCAGCCCAAGGGCGUCCGCGUCAAGGAGGUGGCCGACUUCAAGGUGCACACGAGGGGCGCGGGCAGCGGCGAGCUGCGCGUGCUGGUCAAGGGGCCCAAGGGCACCGAGGAGCCCGUGAAGGUGCGGGACGCGGGCGACGGCGUCUACGAGUGCGAGUACUACCCCGUGGUGCCCGGCAAGUACGUGGUGACCAUCACGUGGGGCGGCUACGCCAUCCCCCGCAGCCCCUUCGCGGUGCAGGUGGGACCGGGGCCCGGCUCGCAGAAGGUGCGGGCCUGGGGACCCGGCCUGGAGACGGGCAUGGUGGGCAAGUCGGCCGACUUCGUGGUGGAGGCCAUCGGCACCGAAGUGGGCACCCUGGGCUUCUCCAUCGAGGGCCCGUCGCAGGCCAAGAUCGAGUGCGACGACAAGGGCGACGGCUCGUGCGACGUGCGCUACUGGCCCACGGAGCCGGGCGAGUACGCGGUGCACGUGGUGUGCGACGACGAGGACAUCAAGGACAGCCCCUUCAUCGCGCACAUCCUGCCCGCCGCCCACGACUGCUUCCCCGAGAAG